AGGGUCAGUUUCCUUUUUUGUAUCACAUUUUCAUUUUUAAUGAAACAAAGACUCGUCUCAAAUAGCCUGAACCAAAAAUUUUAUCCAAUUGAGAAUGUUUAUUACGAAGUAGAGUUGAUUUAUUAUCAUUUCCGUAAUACAAUAGAGGAUAUGUGCAAAGGAUAUCGAGCUUACUGUAAAAAGCUCUACCAAUAUGUCUCAGAGAAUUUGAACUGGAUUAAAAAAACAGUUGCACAAAAGCCAAAAAGUGAUCUCUAUUGGAGACAGGUGAAUCUUUCGUUCGCCCAAGUCACAGGAAUAUGGCAAGGUUACUCAAAAAGACCUCCAAUAUGGUACAAACCACAGAUAAAUUUCGACAUCACACCUAUUCUCAUGAUUCAACUGUAUGGAGAUUUGUUCGAUUUGUCGCAUGUGUUCGACAAGAAACCCGAUCCUGGCGAUGUGGAAGAUUCAGGGCAUUGCUCUGGAUUUGUGAAGAUCUCAGAGGGCAACAAGGAUAUGUUCUUCUCUCAUGUGGCUAUGUCGGGCUACCAUACAAUGAAUCGUGUACUGAAACUGUACAAAUUCGGCUAUAAGGAAGUACCAGGACAUACCAUUUCAUUCUCUGGUUAUCCGGCUGCAAUUACAUCGGCUGAUGACUUCACUUUGACAAGUGGUGGAUUGGCAACAUUAGAGACAACGUUCGCCAUCUACAACAAAACACUCUAUAAAGAUUUCGUUAAACCAGUUGGACAACUACAUUGUUGGGUUCGUACAUCAAUCGCGAAUACCUUGGCCAAAACAUGGACAAAAUUAUUUGGACGUUACAAUUCUGGCACAUACAAUAAUCAGUGGUUAGCACUUGACUAUAAAAAGUUCCAGCCAGGUGAAGACUUGCCAUCAAAUGAUUUGUUAUGGGUUCUUGAACAAGUUCCUGGAUAUGUGCUUGCCAAAGAUGUGACCUGGUUCCUCCGUAAAUACAGCUACUUUCCCAGCUAUAAUAUUCCAUUCUUCCUCGAAAUAAGCAGGAUGAGUGGCUGGGAUGAGAAAUCAAAAACGAACGAUUGGUACAAAUGGGGCAGUUGUCCUCGUGCAAAAAUAUUCGAUCGCGACCAUGUGAAGGUUGUGGAUAUUGAACAAUUGCAAAAACUUAUGAGAUAUAAUGACUAUCAGCAUGAGCCGUUCAGUCGCUGCAAGUGUGUUCCACCGUAUACGGCCGAAGCGAGUAUUUCAACACGUGGCGAUUUGAAUCCAGCGAAUGGCACUUAUGAAUUAGAGGGUAUGGGUCAUAAAAAUCAUGGAGGACUAGACUUCAAGGGCACCAACUAUACUAUGUUCAAGAAGCUGCGAUUUAGAGCUUGGGGUGGCCCGACUUUCGAUCCGCUUCCAGUUUUCAGUUGGGAUACAACCGAUAUUGUGGCAAACCAUUAUGGACAACCGAUAGUAUGGAGAUUCGAUCCUGUUGAAACUGACUGGGAAACAAACGUGACAGUGCAUCUUUAA